UUUUGACAUGAAAACAAGCUUUAAUUAUGAUUAUUGGGCUUUGAAAUCACAGGCAUUUAGAUGUUCAAACCAGACAGGCGUAAGGAAAGACUUCACAUAUCAUAUAUGGACAUAUCUGGGAUACAUAUGUUUUCUGUGAACCGGUCUUGGAUAGUUUUGAUUAAUCAGAGAUGUGAGAAUGAUGUUCAUCGUUUUAGAAACAAUGUUUCACAUAGAUGCAAAGUCUGUGGCUGGGAUUUUGAAACGGCUUCUUCUGCUUUCUGUUCUAUAGAAUGCAGGUACAUGAACACUCUUGGAUCACAACUCGAUGAGAUGAUGGGGAGUUUAGACGAUGUUGUGAAGAGAAAGGAGAAUUCAGAAGAUGUUUUUGAACCUAUUGUGAAGAGAAAACAUAGGAGGAAAGGGACUCCAUAUAGAUCUCCAUUCUACUAGGGUUAAAGAGGUUUUUGAAAGUUCAAAAAAAAAAAAAAGAGGUUUUUGAGAUGUUUAGGUAUGUGUACCGUGUGCAUGUUGGACUUUUCUUUUUGUUUUUACUUCCAGGUUAAACUGCUAACUGUUUCUUAUGGAAUGUGAUCUUUUUUUUUCUUGUCUAAAUCAUCUUGUUUAUAUAGUUUAAUCUUAAUACCCUCAAGAUAAUAUAUUUGUGAUUUAUAUCGUGCUAUUGUUUUCCCCAAUACUCUUCAUUGUAUUAAUUACUGUGUGGAUAAUGAAUAAGUUCGUCUGUAUUUGUCUUUGAAUAUUGAGACAAAUGUCAUAAACAAUCCUACAGGCUUUUUUAGCAAAUAAAUUAAGCCAAAUCUAUUGGCGUGGAUCGCACAUAACACUCUGGAUAAUUUCAGACCGAAUACAUCUUUAAAAUCUCAUAUUAAUGAUAAUGGUUCCAUUUUCUUAAUGAUAUUACAAUUAAUGUAAAUACCCACUUUACAUUAAAUUACUACAUACGGUACCGUUCACCCACCAAGUAUCAGGAGAUGGUAGUUUUUGUAUUGACGCUAGAGAUUCUUACUAUUCUCUCUGUUGGGAAGAUCUUACCUCACAUGGUAUCAUAUUUUUUAUCCCUUACCUCAUUUUAUUUGACCAAAUUUUUUAAAUUCAUAGUAUAGGUUUUCACAUGUUUUUUAUCUAUCAUAUUUAAAUUUAUAUUCAGUAAUUUAUAUAAGCCAUAUAUAUACACAUGACUAACAGGCACUCGUCAUGCAUUAUUAUAUCAAUUUAUCCCCAUUUGUACUAUGUAAAAUGUGUACAAUGAUAUAUUAUUACUUAAAUCUUAGAGGGAAAAUAUACAUCAAUUUAUCAAACGUCAAUUUUGGAAUUUUACAGUUACAACAUACAAUAUCAAACGUCAAUUUUGGCAUCCUACAACAUACCUUAUCGUGAUGGUUAUAUAACGUUAUAGUAACGGUCAGCCAAGAUGUGUUUUAUUUAAUAAUAGUGCAAAACAAAGAUUAUUGUAGUGUAUCUGUGCGAAUCGAGACUAGCUAGUUCCUCUUCAUCAUAUGCAAAAAAGCAGGAGAAAUCGGACAAAAUCGCUUUUAUUAUCUUUCAAUUAUAAGACGCACAAACUAAAAAAAAAUAGUUCGUCGGAUACGUGGGUGAAUAAGUGAUCCUAAUCUCAGACAACAGAUCAAACUCCUUUAUAAUUUUAAACAAUAAUGUUAAUCAAAACAGAGUUCUUUUUGGGUGAAAAGGUAUUAAAAGUGAUAGGGAAUAAUAAAGGUUCAUUCAGCGGAAAAUAUAAUGAUAGAGGUUCAUAACUUCAUAUAAUUGAAGCCUACGAAAUUUAAUAUAUUGUAUCCGACUUUGGAAACUACAAAACAAUUAUUUUCUGUAAGGGGUCCAACGGAAAGCGAUAUUCUUCAACAAAUCGAUCCUAAUCAAAACAUUUAAAAAUGUAACAUUGUACUUAUGUUACAAUUAUAACAACACAAGAAAAUUCGAUGCAGCGUUGUGGGCCGUAAUAC